AUGUUGGAGAAAUACUGCAUUUAAUCAUUGAAACAUUGUUGGAAUUUAUUUUGCUGAUCUGCUCAAGCCUUGUUAGCUGUGCUAUAGCCUUGAAGUUUUCUCCCUUCUGCUCUGCAAGAAAUAGGGAGUACCAGUGUGUAGCAUCCUUAUCUGAUGAGCCCAAUGCUUGCUUUGUGCAGAGAAUAUUUCCUACGUACUGUGUGACUAUGCACCUCCCAGAAUGCAAUACAUAUUAUGAGCUGAAUCCCUGUCUUCUCUUCAGUGAGAGGAAGUUGCCUUUGCUGUAAACUGCUCACUCCUUGCAAGUAAAAUCCUGAAGAAGGUCUCAACUGAUUGUGUCUGCUUUAUUUAAGAUUUACAAAGGGAACUAACAAUUUCCCUAACAUAAUUGGGGGCUCGUCCGGGAUCCCAAGAUCCUCGCUUUGCCGGGACAUCGAGUCGGCGACUGAAGUCUGUGCACAGCCAGGUUUGGAACCUGCAGAAAAUCCUGGGAGGUGAAUUCCUGCCCAGGUCAGACGUCGGCUGGUGGUCCGACGAGGCGAGGUGACGGGAUCCUGAACCAGGGCCAGGACACAGAUCAGGCGAGUAUGAAAAGAGUAAAUCCUAAGGUAUCUUAAAUUCCGUGAGUGGCUCACGAGGUAAAAGAAGACUGGGUCUUCAGAAAAGUUCCGUGACAAGGUCACGAGGUAAAAGAGGACGGGGUCCUCGUAAAAUAGAUUAAUGAUAGUUUGUCUGAUUGAAGCAGCGGCAGAGUGGAAACCUGACGGUGUGAACGUAAACUCUAAUCAGCUGGAGUAAAUCAGACUAUAAAUAAGUGUUAUUGUUUGUCAGUCUCUAAGUGAAUUUUAACUUCUUAGAGGAAGUCUCAGAGACCUUUUGUGUUGUGUGUCUGAUUGAGAUCAAAAUUGAGAGGUUUGUUUACUGAGACAGCUGUGUCCGCAGGAAACUAGUUCCUGUAGAAGCUUGGCACAGUCGAUGAUCUCUGUGAACACUGUGACUGAUCGUUGAUCUCAACCCUCGUAGUGAAGCAAAUUAAACAACUUAAAAAUGGGAAACAAAAACACUAAGGGUGAAAACCUUGAAGGUGAUUCGAAAUACAUGUCUAAGAGACAUCCACAAUCAACCAAAUAUUUGCCACAGUGGAAAAAGAAAUUUGAAUUUGAUGGUAAAUUGAAAGUGGAAUCAUGUCAACAAUUAGUGGAUAAAAUAACUGUGAUAACUGGAGAGAGUGAAAAGAGAUGUAAAGAACAAGGCAGAGAAGAAGCCAUAUUAUGGUUAAAUGAAGCAAAAAAGAGACGGGAAGAUAUUAAUAAAUCUAAAGCUAAAAAACAAAAAAAAAGAAGAGAAACCAAAAGGUCCACAGUGGCCACAAUAUGAUACAUGUGAUGAACAAACUAUUGUUAGACGUAGACACCAACCCCAGCCUCAGCCCCACCCACAACACGCAGGGGAUGUAGACGUUCCACCCCCAGCCUACGGGGGAGAGGGUCACCAACCAAUUUACCCCAAUCUUGAUGAGUUAGAGGCAGUGGGGGGGGAGGCAGGAACAGCAGGUGGAAUGCAAACCAGACAUCAAAAGAAGGAGGCUGAAAAAAAACAAACUAAAAAACAAAUGAUGUCAUUUCUGGGCAUGACAAAUUACUGCAGAAGGUGGAUACCAGAUUAUGCACAUUUAACGGCCCCACUCCAAGAGCUGAUGUUUAAAAAAGAAAUACCAAUGCACAUGAAACUAGAGUGGUCGACCGAAGCUGAAGCCUCUUUCACACAACUUAAAGAAGCAAUGACUCAGACAGGAGCGUUAGGUUUUCCUGACUAUUCCAAACCCUUUGUGCAGACAGUAGACUGUAAAGGAGAAUACAUGGUCUCUGUGCUGGCACAACGAUUCGGCAUGCAAAUGAGACCAGUGGCGUAUUAUUCUAUACGACUGGGCCCAGUUGCCAGGGCAUUGCCACCAUGUGUAAGAGCAGUGGAGGCAGCAGCAGAAGCAGUGUUAGCAUCAUCCACCAUUGUGCUAUAUCACCAACUGACUCUGCUGGUGCCACAUGCCAUCUCUAUUCUGCUCCUGCAAGAAAAGAUAAAACUACUGUCCCCAGCGAGACAUUUGUCGUGUAUGGCAGUCCUACUGGAACAGCCACACAUGACAAUAGAAAGGUGUACGGUUCUGAACCCAUCGACCCUAAUGCCCACAGAAAUAGACGGAGAACCACAUGACUGUUUAGUAGAGUGUUCAAAAGUCACAAAACCUAGGCCAGACUUACAGGACGACCCAAUACCUGGUUCUGUAUUUAUCUAUGUUGAUGGAUCAAGCACAAAGUCUGAAAGUGGAAAGACACAAAGCGGUUAUGCAGUUGUAACUGAUACUGAAACUUUGAAAGCUGAGCCGUUACCCCCACACUACAGUGCACAAGCAGCAGAAAUAAUUGCACUGACUGAGGCAUGCAAACUUAUGACAGGUCAGAUAGUUACCAUCUAUACUGACAGCGCAUAUGCCCACUCAACUAUUCAUAUAUUUGCCAGUCAAUGGGAAAAUAGAGGCAUGAUAACAUCAACGGGAAAACCUAUAAUGCAUGGUGAUUUAAUAAGAAAUCUAUUAAAGGCAAUACAACUACCAGCCAAAAUAGCCGUUUGUAAAUGCACUGCUCAUACUAACGCUAAAGACAGAGUGUCAAAAGGCAAUGCUAAAGCAGAUGAAGAAGCAAAAAGCGCUGCAAAGCGAUGUUACACUUAUCUCACUGACCCAGUGGACAGCACAUUCUUGAAAGAAAUGCAGGACAGCGCCCCCAAGUGUGAAAAAGACAAAUGGACUCUUAAAGGAGCAACUGUUAAUCCACAGGGUUAUUAUGUUUGACAAGAGGGGAAGCCAGUCCUACCAGCAUCCCUCUAUAAAUGGGCAGCAAUAUUAAGCCAUGGGCCUUGCCAUGUCUCAACGGGGGGAAUGGUAAGGAUAAUAAACAAAUACUAUACUACUUAUGGAUUUACAAAUUAUUCUAAAAAAUUUUGUUCCCGAUGCAUCAUAUGUGCUAAACAUAACCCUCAAGGAAAUAUUCGACAAACAAGAAGAACAUUCCCUAAAGCAGAAUAUCCAUUCCAAUAUUUACAUAUGGAUUUUAUAGAAUUAAAUAGAUGUCAAGGAAAAAAGUAUUGUCUGACAAUUAUAGAUCCUUUUUCUAAAUGGGUAGAAGUGUUUCCCACAACCACAAAUGAUGCACUAGCUGUUGCAAAAAUACUAGUACGAGACAUAAUACCUCGAUUUGGAAUACCAGAAAUGAUUUACAGUGAUAAUGGACCACAUUUUGUAAAUCAAGUCAUAUCCUCUAUUGCCAAACGAUUAAAUAUAGAUUUAAAAAACCAUUGUGCCUACCACCCUCAAAGUGCUGGGUUGGUGGAAAGAACUAAUGGCACAAUUAAAAGCAAAUUGAGAAAGGCCAUGACAGAGACCAAUAUGGAUUGGGUUUCUUGUCUUGAUUUAGUCAAACUCAGUAUGAGAAUCACACCUAACGAGACUGGUUUGUCACCUUUUGAAAUAGUAUAUGGAAGAGAGUAUAGAACACCUCAGUUCCCUGAUAUACCAACAGACUUACAAAUAGAAGGGGACAUAGUUGAUUAUAUGUCAAAGGUGUUAAAAAAUCACCAGAAAUGUUUUUCUGAAAAUGCUUCUCAAGACAUGCCUUGUCCACAGGAGGGACCACUGCAGGUUGGUGACUGGGUGUUCACCAGAGUCAUAAAGCGCAAGAACUGGACCUCACCCCGGUGGGAAGGCCCGUAUAGAGUGACGCUGACAACACCUACAGCCUGCAAAGUCGAAGGCAUCUCCCGGUGGAUACACAGCACACACUGCAAAAGACAACAGGUACAGGCAACCGAGUAGUAUUGUCCGUGAGAAAAAACCCAACCGAGGGAGGGGAAAAGUCUGCCUACAAAGGGGGUCAGCAGCAUUUAGAGCACUGGUCGUCUCAACGGCAGCGAAGAAACCAGCGGUACCUUCUCUCACUUAGGGGGACAUUCUCAUAAGGAGAUACUAUGAGGGGACACUGUCCAGCCACGGGAGUUGUACUAACUCCCCUUGUACUGUUGAUUGAUGCUAGGCCACUCCCAAACCUCAAUGAGGAUGAUGAGAUACCUCCUGACCAGUAUCACACUAAUUUGUGGUAUUGUUAAAUGAAGACAGAGCACUCUUAACUUUACUGGUUCAGUGUGUCUCUUAUUAUGAUGGUCCUGAUUUCAUGGGGACCCUCCCACAGUCUGAUAUCAACUAUGUUUGUAGGCACACAAUCUAUGUGCAUCUUCCACCCAAUUGGGUAGGUUGGUGUGCCCCUGUUUAUGUUUCAGAUGGCUCCUACGUGAUAACACCACAGCAGAUGACUUCCAAGGGACGGCUACGGAAGCGAGAGAUUGAUCUGAAGGAAAGUGAUCGGAUCUGGGGAUCAGACGUCCCCAUGGACAAGAAACUCUGGACUACAGGCCAGAAAGUGGCACUAUCCCUAUUUCCAUGGUUGGGGGUAGGAAAAAUCAUGCUAAGAGUUGAAACCAUAAAUUACCGCAUGACCCUGUUCUUCAAUGUCACGGUAACAGCCCUUGCCAGUAUAGAUCGUCGUCUCACCGCCCUAACACUCAGUGAGUUACAGGACCGCCUGGUGUUAGAUCUGCUCACUGCAAGCCAAGGUGGAGUGUGUGCAAUAGUGGGCCCCAAGUGCUGCACAUACAUUCCAGGAGACGACCAAGACGCAAAGGUCACCCAACAAGCACUUCGUGACCUAAAGCACAUAUCCAAUGUGCAGGCGGCUGAUGUAAUGAAGGACAAAUCCUGGUUUGAUUGGUUAAUGUCUGGCACAAGGACUGACAUUCUGAAGAUUGACUGGUUCUCGUGAUUCUCCUGGUUCUGAUGCUGAUUGUGUUGUGCGUAAUUCCUUGUUUGAGGGCCAUGAUCAUCAGGCUGGUGAAUCAAGGCCUUCUCAGGGUGUGCGCAGUCAUGCACUCUCGACAAAUACAUUAUACACCUUUGAAGCUCGAUAACUGUGAAGAGGAUCUCCACGAUGUCGAUGGAAAUGGACGCUAAGCUGUAAAUAUUGUGCUUCUGUGCUUUUGACCCUGCCUACGAUGUUGUAACAUUUAUUUCAUGUUUUAUGAUGACUGCACUGAAAAUCGAAAGAAGUUGUGCUGUUCUGAUGUAUGCAUGAUUGUUUAAUGAAUGUUUCAAUGUUAAACAGGAGGGAAAUGUUGGAGAAAUACUGCAUUUAAUCAUUGAAACAUUGUUGGAAUUUAUUUUGCUGAUCUGCUCAAGCCUUGUUAGCUGUGCUAUAGCCUUGAAGUUUUCUCCCUUCUGCGCUGCAAGAAAUAGGGAGUACCAGUGUGUAGCAUCCUUAUCUGAUGAGCCCAAUGCUUGCUUUGUGCAGAGAAUAUUUCCUACGUACUGUGUGACUAUGCACCUCCCAGAAUGCAAUACAUAUUAUGAGCUGAAUCCCUGUCUUCUCUUCAGUGAGAGGAAGUUGCCUUUGCUGUAAACUGCUCACUCCUUGCAAGUAAAAUCCUGAAGAAGGUCUCAACUGA